GCUGUUUUGUUAAAGUCGAGGUGCACGCAUUGGGAAUGGUGUAUUGUUGAUCGUGGGGACACUUCGCAGUUGAGAACACGAAGGACGCGUUCCUUUGUUUAUUGGACGAUUCGAGUUUCGUAGUUAAUUUCGAAGAAGCGCGAUUAUUCGCGGUUUUGGUGAGUACCUGCAGGGGACGCGUUAGUGCGGAAAGAGACCUUCGCCAGGGUAGCUCACAUCGUUCUCACCUAAAAGAGACCGAAGAAAACCGUGAAGCUCGCACUCGUGUGCGUCCACGACGUAACUCGUCGAAUCACAAAGGCGUCCAUCCGUCCAUUCGAAGCUUGGUGCUGGUGUUGUUGUGAAGGCUUUACAGAGCUUAUUUAUAAAAGCUUACGACCACGUUCUUCUUCACCUCCUGGUGAGGUGCACGUUCCUCGACUUCGUGAACCUACAAAAAUGGCACAGCCCACGAGUAGCGCCCUCAGAGCCCUGGCUCUCGAAUACAAGAGCCUUCAGGAAGAACCUGUCGAGGGCUUCCGUGUGAAACUCGUCAACGAGGACAAUAUGUUCGAAUGGGAAGUCGCGAUCUUCGGUCCACCAGACACACUUUACCAGGGUGGAUACUUCAAGGCACACAUGAAGUUUCCCCCGGAUUAUCCGUACAGUCCGCCGAGCAUUCGUUUCAUGACAAAAGUCUGGCAUCCGAACGUGUACGAGAACGGCGACCUGUGCAUAUCGAUUUUGCAUCCGCCAGUAGACGAUCCACAGAGCGGAGAGUUGCCGUGCGAGAGGUGGAAUCCAACGCAGAACGUCAGGACAAUCCUGCUGUCGGUAAUCUCGCUGUUGAACGAGCCCAACACAUACAGUCCUGCCAACGUGGACGCCUCGGUCAUGUACAGACGCUGGCGCGACUCCAAGGGAAGAGACAAAGAGUAUGAAAAUAUCAUCAGGAAGCAAGCUCAAGCUGCCAAGAUGGAGGCCGAGAAGGAAGGCAUCGUCGUCCCUCUGACUCUGGAGGAUUACUGCAUAAAGACACGGGCGCGACCGGCCGAGCAGCAAUUAGACAUGACUGAUUUCUACGACGACGAGUACGAGCUGGAUGACGACGAGGAUGAUCAAUUGAGCGCCAGUGAUUACGAGGAUGGCGACGACAGUGGCAACGGGGAGUCGUGAUCCAUCUCCUAAAUUACAAAUGAAACGCUACUAUUCACUUCUGUAUAGGUUAAUAAAUUAAUGGGCUUCCGAACCGGAUGCUCCUAUAUGAUAUCGAACGGCACUUUGGCCGUUUGGCCACGCGGAUUUGUGCGACGGCGUCUUGGACAUGUGAUUUCGCACUAAACUUUUUAAAGGCGCGAUUAAAUUAAAUGCGCUUGUCGAUUGAGAAAAAAGAAGGACCAUGUCUUUGUUUAAAAUUUUUCUAUUGUCGUGUCGUGAGAAUAUUUCUUUUUUUUUUUUUUUUCAUUAAACUUUCAUGGGAACAUUUGCUGGGAUAUGAGGAUAUUCAGUUUGGAAGCUCCUUAACUUAAGCGACAUUAUGGUAUGAGUAUAGAUACUUUGAUAGAAGCACUGUGCUUGUUGUGUUGUGGCUGGCACGUCGAUCUUUUGAAUAGUGAGGCUAAAUCUAACGUUAGAGUUCUCUACUUAUGUAAAAUUAUUUCGUUUCGUGUGGUUGUUUGUGUCGCGAGACCGAAAGCUCGCAUGGCGAAUCAAUAAAUACAAAAAUUAAUGAUUAAAUUGAUGUGAGUCAAGGGAGGACCUGCUGGAGAGUACGAUUUCGAAGAUUUUAUUAAGUAAGGUAAAUAUACUGAUUUUACGAAGGUUCGUUCAUCCUGCCGGAAGUUCAUUGUGGAUGCAAAACCCAUCUUACUCGAAACGAGUUAAUGAGAAUCUUUUCGAAAUUCAUAGUGACCCGGCCACAAUGCUUAGCCAAUACUUAGAAUAUCAUUUCUUUUUAUAUUUAAUUGAUAACGUGUAAUAAAUACUGUUCGGCAGGUCGUCUAUGACAAAAAAAGGAUUUUUCAAAGGUAAAAUUAACGUCGCGUGGAAUUAUAAAUUCGAAGCUUAACGCGUUUUAUGCGACAUGGCCGAGCGACGGCCAUGCGUCUUUGCUGUUCGAAAAGUCAGCUACUUUGCUGUACAGCGAACGUGUUGAAAGGAGGUACAAUUUAGUAGAAGUGUCGAUAUUGUAAAAAAUAAUAUUUUUUUGCGCCUAAUCAUAGAGUUUCAAUUGAAUAUCUUGGUCUAAUGUUUCUCCCAUUUCAAUCCUAUCUUGAGUAUUUAUCUUUAAAAAAAGAAGGAAUAAAUAGAAAACAUUUAAUUUCCCAUAUGAAUUUGAAAUUUCAAUGGUUAGUGGCUUAUACUACUUAAACGAAGGGAAUACCAGGUACAGCUAAAAUUCACUGCGGUAGUUGUACGUAUCGGUUCGUAUAACUUAAAAUUGUAAAUAGACCAUAAAACACAUUCGUAGAAGAAGAUGACGAAGAAGAACAAAAUAACGUUAAGUAUGUAAGCGAUACUACUACUAUUACUACCACUGCGUUUUUGAUUGGCGAUUUUGUUAAGGAACCGUGAGAAGAUACAAAAAGAAAAGAAAAAGAGGAAAUUGAAGUGUUACGAUGUUUAACGUGCGAAAACGAAUAAAGGCAAAAAUGAGAUUAUUUAAAUUAAAAAACAAUAUCGUCUCAACCUCGACUCUGUGCUUAACGUCGUAUGGCCAGAGUUCAAAUUGCCCCUCGUGUUCUCGUGUCAACUCUCGUUUAACGAUCUUGGCCAUCUUUAAUAGACCAUAAAGGUCUCGUAGACCGGUCACCUUUGAACGAUCGAAUGAUAAGAGAGACCCAUUCGUGCAUGCGUUAUACAUGGUUAGUCGUCACUGUUGAACUGCCUGAAGUUAGUGGGUCUAUUUGAUUAUUUUCAAUUUCUAUCACAGAACUAGCUUCAGGCGGUUCAACGGUCCCGAAUAACCUCGUACAAUUAACCAAUUGAUUUGUGUCUGUUGGAGAUCCGGAGAUAAAAUUUUCAUGGCUGUCCUCUAUUUUUUGUUUUGUAAAUACCAAUAAAGAUCGUCUUAACAUAA